UUCAUUCAUAAGUCGUGUGCAAGGUUUGUUGUCAUUGUUCCUAUAAUGAAGAAGUAUUAUCAAAUCAUUUUAGUUUGGCUGACUGCUCUAAGUCUUAAUGUAGAAGCAAGUUCUAUAUUUGACAUGGGUCCCUACAAAGUCGACCAGAAACAGAUAGGAAUAGACUAUUGUCCCAUCAGCAGUAGAAGAUGCGUCUAUGCCAAACACCAUAGACGCCGGAUUGCUGGCACUUCUGACUGGCUUUGGAAUGGGUCAUUAUCAGUCAUUGAUGUUUAUAUCAAGAAUACAACAACAAUGAGAGUUGUAGCCUAUACAAAAGGUGCAAACGGACGCUACCAAAGCCUGAUUGAUAUUACGCGACCAUUCUGUUCAUGGUUGCGGCUUGUAGAACCAUCGAUGAACGAUUUUUUGGAACCAUGCUGGCUACGUUUACAAAUGUUAUUUUAUUUUUCCGGGCUUUUAUGAAACAAAAGACUUCUUUCUACAACCGCAGAAGCAUUUCCAGCUAGCUGGAGUUCCAGUUCUACCCUAUGGAUCUUACAAAAUUGAAUUCCGCAUCAACAAUGAUAUCAGAAUCAACUGUUUUUGUGGUGUAUUGUUCAUUGAUUUGGUUCCAGAUAUAGAUGCCAUACGAAAUAGAACAAUACAACAUAACCAAUUUUUCAAUAAUUCAACAUAUCCUUUUUGAACAUCUAGAUCUUCGGGUGACAACAUAUGUGGGCUAUUAUAGUCUGAUUAAAACAAGUUGUAAAUGUGCUACUAGAUGACAAAAAAGAUACAGUAGGAUAUCCACGAGGACAUAUUGUGCAGAGUUGCGACCUUCAAUUGCAAGACCAUAUCACUUAAUGUAUUCAAUGAGACAACCCUCUGUAUCAACUGCCUAGUCAAAUUGAAUGUAUCCAUUGUUCAUUCUCUUUAUAUAAUUAAGGAGACUUGAUGCUUAAUUAGACAUAAUUAAUUAGACUUGAUGCUUGAAGAAGAUCGACAUCCUCAAACCAAAUAAUGUUUUCUAAACUGGAUUAAAUAAAUUGAUUAGCUACAAC